UCUCGCCAUGUUCAUGGCGCUCAAACGCCCCAUUGCUGCCGCUGUGUGGGGCGGAACAUAAAUGAAAGCCCGGUGCGGUGCCGUUCCUAUGCUUCGCCGCCAUGUUGUGAGGAGGGCGGCUUCGUCGUCUGCUUACAACGCUGCACGAUUACCGUCUCCACUGUGGUGUGUAUUCUCGUCGACGGCACCCAGGAAGCCGUGCGCAUCGCCCAGCGUCCUCAGCCUCUGUGCCCCGCCACCAUGCACGGCAGAUUUGUGUUGGGGCGGGACGCCUCUCCGUCCGUAUACGUGAAUAACUGCGCAGUGCGCGCUGACAUGUCUUCGUGAGCUAGUCGCGAUAUUGUGUUUCGUGCCGUCUGGUUCAAUCGCUACGUCAGGAUCAAUGUGCGACGUCGUCUGCUAGUCUUGAGAUAUGUGUUAUCCUUAUCCGUCGUACCUCUCCCGACACCACGCGACAUCAAGGUCUUGUCCUGCGCAUCGGUGAUCUUUAUGUGUACUGUGCUGCCGCCGCGCUGUCGAGUAUAUCCAGUCGCCGGCUGUUGAUUGCAACCCACGUGCCGACUCUGAGGGCUUCCACACGAAUACACGAGCGACAGCGAAACGGAAACCGGACAGUUAUUUUUACGGACGAGCUACCGUGCUGUGCUCAGUGAGGGGGAGUCAUGCUGGCCAUCAAGAAUCGACUGUCGGCCAGGGCUAUCAGCGCCGUACUCCUGGUGACAUGCCUGUGUCUAGGGUGGGUCAUCAUUUCCGGGUACUCGUGCCGCACAUUCCGGUACGAGGUGCUGAUCUCUAACAGCGAGGAGUCACCUCUGAUGGCCUUUGGGCUGUUGAGCUUCUCAUCGCGAAGCAACUCGACAGAAGCACCCGCUGUUAAGAGACAACCGGUGGCGCAGUCAUCCGUAGAUCAAAAGACUUUCGACCCUACAAUGCUAAGAGGCGAAGAUGACACUCACGUGGAGCGCCUGGCCAGGUUGGAGGCCACCAUCAAAGGGAUGCGCGAAUUCCUAGUGCGACACAUGCCGAUGUCGUCCGGUCCUGGCAACAACACCCGAGCUGCAGCGACCCUUGUCAAGGCCCGUGAGUACCUCAGGGUUAUGGAGGCAGAUGUAGCAGCUAUCAGAGAUACAGACCAAGCUGUCAGAAAAAGUGCGGAAAAAAUGCGCAGACUGCGCGACUACGUCCGGCGCACAAUUGAACGGCUUCAGAACCCUGCUGACUGCAAAUCAGCGCCCAAGCUGCGCUGCCUCCUAGACAACCCGUGGGGAUUUGCAGCCGGUGUUCAUGACGUCCUUUGGUGUUUUGUGGCAGCCUUGCAAAUGGGUCGCACGUUGAUUCUCAACAGCACGGCAUGGCACUAUGCUCCAGGUGACAGUGGGUGGACAAAGGCACUCCUACCUCUCGCUGGGCCCUCCUGCAAUGGUGUCGGCACUCGCAACAUGAUAGUCAAUGGCUACCCUGGAUAUGAUUCUGGCCUCAAGCAGCGAAGCAGAAUCCUGGACCUACCCGCGACUAUCGCGAAGGACUUGGUGGCAAAUCACCGCGAACCGUACGCCUGGUGGUAUGGCCAGAUCAUGGCUUACAUUUUCCGGCUACAGAACUCGACACGAAAGCUGAUAGAAGACUUCAAGUUCAAUAAUGACUACAAGCAUCCUAUCGUAGCUAUGCACAUUCGGCGCACGGACAAGAAGCGGGAGGCUGGCUUCCAUGAUGUGGCCGAGUACAUGCAACACGCCGAAGAGUUCUACAGCACCCUAGCACUCAGGGGGCUGUCUGUCCAGAAGCGCGUGUUCGUCGCCACUGAUGACCCCACAGUCAUUACUGCGAUAAGAUCGAAGUUUCCAGCUUACAAGGUCAUCUCGAAUCGGCGCUCUGCUCAUGAGGCCUUCGACAUGAAGGCUCGAGCUAAAAGCUCGGCUCUGACUGGAAUGCUCAUCGACAUACACCUUCUCGCCGAAUCGGACUACCUCGUUUGUGCCUUCUCUUCUGGGUUCUGCCGUGUCGCCUACGAGCUGAUGCAAGCCCGGUAUGCCGAAACGGGAGCGGAUGCGACGCCCAAGGCAGUGUCUGUCGACGUCGAAUACUUCUACGCUUACGUGCCCUUUCCACCGCGACGAACGUUGUACCCCAACACGCGCGUCUUCCAGAACGAGCUGGAGUGGACGGCUCCCGGUGUGCUGAUCGAAAGGACCGACGAGUUGGCGUCCCUGAAGGAGGCGAAGGACAAGAUGUACGCGGACGGUUUCAACACUGGUCGUCUCGCGGACUCUCGUGCGAAUGGCAACCGCGCGGUAUUCCCGCGCUUUAAGACUGUACGGACUUACUCCGGGGCGCGCUAUGGUGCUUUCAACGACUCGCGAACGUUGUUGUAGAUGCAUAGAUGUGAAGUGCGGUGUGCAGUGUGACCGCAAUUUCAACGUGGUAGCUUCUGGCCAGUUAGGUUCGGCAGCGAUUCGAUCGCCUUGUCAUAUGACAGCUAGGCCUAGGUGACAAGAGCGUACCCGGUACACAACAUGCGUUAGGCCUAACUGAAACGGAGAGACGCCCUUUCGGCUAAACAUGGUAUAGAUGUGCUCUGGUACUCGCCGUGGUACUUACAGAGGCUGGAAAAGAGCGUUAGAGCAAUUUUCUUGAUUAAAAUAUUGCUAUGUCAGCGUAACUCCACUAAACCGAGCAUGCCCAUAUGCCCGCUUUGUGAACUUUGCCUUAGGCGGGACAGUGGACGUUAUUUCACCGCUUCACAAUUAUAUGUAAGCGCAAGUGUUCGUGUCAUAGUAGCAUGCUGCUGCUGGUACCAGAACGGAGCAUGACGCUGCGACCGAAAUGUCAAGCGGCUGCAACACUGAAUCGAGAUUUCUUCUUUUGCGAUUCCUGUCCAGGUCAGUAUUGCAGUGCCCUCGGCUUGGCUCUUCAGACGGGUUUUGUUUUGAUACGAAGUUCGUCUACAUGCUUUCCUUCCCAAAGAUAUGCAAAGCACCAUGUGAUAUGCGCGUCCUACAAUUAUGCGGCAUAAUGCAGUGAGGGCGAUUCAGGAAGUGGUUGCAUUAGUACAAGCUUGUUUCGUGUCAUUUCAAUGGUUGAGAAAACCUCUAGUGUGAGUUGAUGGAGCAAUCUGAUAUAACGCAAGCCAACUGUGUUACUAGAGACGCGGUGGCUGUCCCGGGUGUUGUUUGCAGGCUCGUACAAUAUGUGCUCCUUUUGCUUACACGACUUAUUAAAAAAUAUUCCACAUCACGGGGGGGAAUAUGCGACUUACAUUUUAUAUAAUGCUAUAGUCCAGUGCCAUGAAGGCUGGCAAGCCAGUCGAGCAUAAAACACAAUAAUAUCCAGUUACACGCAAGCUGUUGCCAUUUGGCCAGUGUUGUCGCGUUUUUUUUUUAAAUACGCUUAUGCUUGUAGACACGCAAACACACACACACACAC